GCACCAUUAUCUAAUACUUAUCAUGCCGCGUACUUGCGUUCAGAUUUCCGAGCAGAGAGAUAGUAGCUUGUAAGGUCUCAGUCAAACCGCAGAGCUCUCUUUGCCAUAGGGCUAUGUGUGAUGGGAGAGCACUUGCUGUCGGGGCUGGUUACGGCGCGGGCAAGAUAACAUUCACGGUCGUGAUGAGUUGCCUCACGGCGGCCUCCGGCGGGCUCAUACUUGGGUACGACGUCGGAAUCACAGGUGGGUUGACGCAGAUGGAGUCCUUCCUCGAGGCCUUCUUUCCGGAGAUUCUGCGGAAGAUGUCCAACGCGAAGCAGGAUACCUAUUGCAUCUUCGACAGUCAGUUGCUCAACACCUUCGUCUCCUCGUUCUACCUCGCCGGCAUGCUCGCCAGCCCGAUCGCCGGCCAUCUAACCAGGACGUUGGGCCGGAAGAAUUCCAUGCUCAUAGGCGGCUUGCUGUUUCUCGCCGGCGCCCUCCUCAACUUCACCGCAGUUAACAUUGAGAUGCUCAUCAUCGGCCGCAUUCUCCUCGGCGUCGCCGUCGGUUUCACUAGUUUGUCUGCGCCCUUAUACCUGGCAGAGAUAGCGCCGGCGCGGUGGCGCGGGGCGUUCACGAGCACCUUCCACUUCUUCCUCAACGUGGGCCUGUUCAUGGCCGAUCUUGUCGACUACGGCGCCAACACCAUUCCUAGGUGGGGCUGGCGCCUCUCUCUCGGCAUCGGCAUCGUCCCUGCUGGCUUCAUCGUCGUGGACGCGGCGCUCAUCCCGGAUACGCCCAACAGCCUGGUGCUGCGGGGGAAGGUCGACGAGGCUCGCGCUUCACUGCGGCGCAUCCGUGGACUGGACGCCGACAUCAACGCGGAGCUCCAGGAUAUCAUCCAAGCCGCGGAGGAGGACAAGAUGCACGAGUCUGGCGCACUCCGGCGCCUCGGUCGCCGCGAGUACCGGCCACACCUUGUUAUGGCCGUGGCCAUGACGGUGUUCUUUGAGCUAACGGGCGUGAUCGUGGUGUCCAUCUUCACGCCUCUCCUCUUCUACACCAUCGGGUUCACGAGCCAGAAGGCCAUCCUGGGCUCGAUCAUCACCGACGUCGUCAGCCUCGCAUCCAUAGUGGUCGCCGGGCUCGUCGUCGACCGGUUCGGCCGCCGCUCUCUCUUCUUUCUGGGCGGCGUCGUCCUAAUCCUGUCCCUGGUGGCCAUGGCGUGGAUCUUCGGCGCGCAGCUGGGGACCAACGGCGAGGUCGCGAUGCCGCGAGGUUACGCGAUGGCCGUGGUGGCGCUCGUCUGCGUAUACACGGCGGGAUUCGGCGUGUCAUGGGGCCCCCUCUCGUGGGUGAUCACCAGCGAGAUCUUCCCCCUUGAGGUGAGGUCGUCGGCUCUAGGCUUGAGCGGGGCAAUCUCGGGGUUGCUCACCUUUGCGCAGUCGCAGUCAUUCCUGGAAAUGUUGUGCCGGUUCAAAUACAUUACCUUCGGUUACUACGCCUGGUGGGUGGUCGUCAUGACGGUGUUCGUGGCGGUGUUCCUACCGGAGACGAAGGGCGUACCCAUCGAGUCCAUGGGCGCUGUAUGGGCGCAGCACUGGUACUGGAGGCGCUUCGUCAAGCCGGCACCAGCAACGCGGGCCAAUGGGCCUGUUUGACGUGUUCGUGGCUUAGCGGCACGCGCCGCCUUCGUAUUCAAACGGGCGGUUCUAAUUUGUUUCCCGGAAAACAUCACUGUGAUUUGUGAUGCACACAAUUAUAUUUUAUCCCUAUUGUA